AGAUGGGUCACAUUGUUGAAUAUGGUUGAAUGACUAGAAGUGUAAGCUUAAAAAUCAAUGAAAUCAGGAAAAGUGUAAGAUCCGCUGUGUGUGUGCUAUCCCAAAUGAAAACGAUAUGGCACAGUAUUUCCACUUAUACAACAGAUUCAAACAGAAACCUGCUGGAUAUGUGAAGGAUUUCUAAAAUAACUUUAUCAACACUCGAGAUUUUUCGCGCACCUGUCGACUUGUGAUAAUUGUCAAAACUGAAUAACACAAUGGAUGAAUUGAGAUUAAACAACGGGCUUCCCACACACCGGUCGUACUACGAUAAACUAAUAAAGUCCGGUAAAAUUGCUAGGAAAAGAACUGACAAAUCGUCAAGAAAACCGGAGGAAUCUAUUGAUGGGGACCAGCACGAUCAGGGUGGGAACCCUUUCGUACAUGGAGCAGAUCCUUCAGGUUUAGACCUAUCAAGUGAAGCUGGAGAAAGAAGCAAGAUUAAAAACUAUGCAAUGCGAUCGAAAUCAUUACAGGAUUUGAAAAAUAAACGACGAGAUAUUGGAAAAGGCAGUCAUGAUGAGAAUGAGAUGAAUUCAGAUUACUUCCAAUGUCUAUAUAACAGAUAUCCCCAUUCUUUUCAUAGAAAAACUCUUAAUGAUUCCAGGAGACCUUCAAGACGAAUGUUCAAUUCUGGACUACAUGUGCAUUUUGAUGAUGAAGUUCAUUAUGAUGAUGAUGCUAGGAGUAUCAGUUCAGAAAGGAUGCAUGUGACAAAAUGGGACAGAGAAAUGGAGAGGAUAUUUGGACACCAUCGACACCCAAGAUCAUGUUUGACAAGUCCUACUCCAUCUCUGAUUUUAGACCGAGCUGAAAGACAUUCCGAAUAUGGUGCUACUCGAGGUAGUUCUCUCCCAAGGUCCUUGUCUCAUGUCAUAUCUUAUGGUCAUAGGUUUGGUGAGAAUAAUGGUGAAUUGAAAUCUCAAGGAAGAAAUCAUAGAGCCAGUUAUUCAGAGAGUGAUAAUACUCCAGAGAGAAUUAAACUGUUGGAACUUGAACUUGAGAAGAAAGAAAAGCAACUUCAAAGUUACAGAUCCAGACUGGAAUCUCCACAAAUUACUGGUAGUGCCUUUUCGGACUCUUCUCACUGGCGAGCGUUUUGUCCGGAUUCUCCUCCAGAUAGUGCCAUUGACCUGGAUUCCUCUUCUGUGCAGUCCUCUAACUUAGGACCUGCACACCUAUCCCCUAGGAAUGACAAAAUUUUGUUUGAAGCAAAUGGUGGGCUAGGGAAUCGAGACAUUUUGCGCCAAGAGAAACGAUGGAGUUAUGCUGGAGGAUACCAACAGCAGAAUGACAACAUGGUGCUCAACUACAACAAAGAUUCAGAUGUGGACUCGGGCAUCGCUCAGCCUUUACCAAGAACUAGGACGGAUAAAUCCAGAAGAGACCUCUACAACGGGGCUUCUAUGUGGGAAGAGUAUCACUCAUCUCCUAGACCGAUGUCUGCUGUUGAAUUUGGUCACCAAGGGUUAGCACCAGACAAGUUGGAAUUUCUAGGAAUGUGGAAUAAAGCAGGCUCCAAGAAAUCAAGGAGAAGAGAUAGUGAUGAUGAUUCCAUAAUUCAAGAAAUUCAACACAAUCCUGUAUUGUCAGGAUACCAGUUUAGGUCUGUGCACCAGCAAGAAGAGGAGGAAGUUGAUGACUCAGACCCCAGUCUUGGGCUUCCAACCAUCACAGAAGAUGAUUUAUUUGUUCGAGAAGUCUACCAGCAACGAAAAAAGCCAACUCCAUACAAGAUAGUGAAACGGUGCUUAACAGCAAGGGCCAAUAGUGCCCCAACAUGGAAGAACUGUGUUAGUGGCAGCAAUGCUUCAGUACUGUGUACACCAAGGAGAACAGAUAAAACUUUCAACUUCGACCCUGUUGAUCCAAAAAGAGAAGAGAGAAGAGAGAGUGUUCAAACAUUCAAAUGUAAAUCAGAGAGUUCUCUUCUUGAGAAGUCAGAGCCAGGAGCCUUCUUUCGUGAUGAUGGUGCAUUCAAGUUCAAUCCUAAACUUGAGCAGAAGAUCAGAAGACAUUCAAGGAAACUGUCUGCGUCUAGUGAUUCUGAUUAUUCUGAAAAGACACUCAUAUCUUCCCAGAUAGCCCUCAAUGCAGACAUUGACAAUCAGUUCACACACAAACAUCGCUUACAGAAAACACCAACUACCUCUGAAGACUGUAAAGACUGUAUCUCCACCGAAAGUUUGUCCUCUGAUGAUGAAGACCCUUCAAGGUCAGGUUUAACCAAACCAGAAGUGAAGCAACAGUUUAAGAAAGAUCUAAAGCAAACAGAUUUAAAUGAGGAUCAUGUCAGACAUCUUGAAGAGGUUGAUACAGGUAGUUCCAGCCUCUCAGGACCAGAAAGACUGACACCAUACGAAGCAUCCGUGAUCAAGAUGGACAGACUGGGUCUAGAUGUGGAAGAUAUAAUUGAGAGUGAUUCAGACAAUGUGUUUGCUACGCCUCUAACAUUUAAAAAAGCACCAAAAUCAGAUGACCAGGGAAUGAACAUCAAAAAUAAAUCUACAGAGAAUGGGACAAAGACCUAUGUGUCAGUCAGCAGAGAAUCGUCAGCUUCUUUACCAGAGUCUGUGAAUUCAGAGCCUCUUUCUGGCUCUCCCGACCUCUCUUUGGAAUCGGACAAUAACCAUGUUUUGCAGGACAAUGCUGGACCUCAAACUGGAUUGAUGGAGGACAUAAGUGAUCCUCAGGAUUCUGACUAUGCAACUGUUGUAUGCUCAGAUGAUGAAGGCAUCAGACAACUUGCUAUAACAGUUGAUCAAAGACGAGACAGGAAGGAAGAUAAGUCUGAUACCUCUCAUCCCAUUUAUGCCAAGGUGAAGCGUGUGAACAGAAAACUAGACAUGGGUGAUUCAGAGACUGAGAAGGGUAAGCUAAAUGGUCCAGAGGAGGGGGUUAGACCUCAUGAUGAUAGAGCGUACAGUUUUACCUGUAGUGGGGCAGAAUGUGGAUCAAUGCUGAGUCGAGAAGUCUCACAGAGUACACCCAAUGUAGCAGGAACUUCUCACAACAACAAUCAGGAUGUUCCUCCCCUUCCUGUCAGGAAUUAUGGAAGCACCACCAACUUGUCCAAAAGCAAGGAGCUUAGUGGGUCCAGGAUAUCCCUGUCAAACAAGAUGAGCAACUUUAAGGCUGCAGCAAAGAGCAAGUUUAAGACCCUGCGGAAGGCGGUGAGUCUGGACAAAGGCAUCAACAAAACUCAGGGGGAAUUUAGACCAGAGGAACUGGAAUUCCCCUCGGAUGUUCCACCGCAAGGGAAACCUCCAAAACCCAAGAAAGGGAGGUCCCUGAAGAAAUUCUUUGCAAGAAGGAGUACCAAACAUAAAUCAGCAGAAUUUUCUGGGCAUGGAGGUGUAAUGGAGUCAACAAACAAAGAGUUAGUGACUGGUCCAUGUAGUUCUAUCGAGUCAAGGACGUCGGAGGAGGAGGUUUCUGUCAGUCAGCUCAGAGAGGUGCACUCUGAUGGGACCCAGACAGUGGAGCUUAACAGGAGACACAAAGGACCAAUCGGAUUCUACAUUGCAAGGGGGAGCACUCAGUUCAAACACGGAAUCUUUGUUUCAAGAUUUUCGGAAGAGGCGGAUGCUGAUGAACGUUUUGCAGGACUACUUAAUGUAGGCGACGAGAUAUUAGAAGUAAAUGGAUUCAACAUCAGUGAUGCCUCGCUUGAUGAUGUCUAUGAUCUUAUGGCGGACCAAACCCUCAUAGUCAAGAUUCUUCCUUUAUUGUCCCGCAAAGACAUUCAUGAAGAAAAUAGAUGAUCCCUUUUAUCCGAGUUUAUGGUGCAAAAACAUUAAAAUUUGAUAUUCAAAACCAGCCCUCCUUUAGCCAUUUUACAAUAGUUAGGGUUUACCAGUGUCUUGUGAAACAAACCAUGCUUAAAAAAAAAGAUAAAACACAAAUUAUUUUCUUAUCUGCCAUUCAGCACAUUUGCCAAUCAGCACUUUACUCAUUUGACAUGUGCUUAUAUAAACAGACACUUUUUUGUAUUCUAAGAAUAUAUAUGAUGAAUAUUUCUUUUUAAAAAACUUAAACAAGUUUAUGUGAAUUUAGUUUUAUUUUAGAAAUACAUGUACUGUGGAAUCAUUAGUCUAAAUUUUCUGCGGGCUCAAGUUCUGUGAUAUUCAUGAGAACCCUUUAAAAUUAUCAUAUUAAUUGUGACGUCUCAACGAAUUAUAUUUUUAUUAAUUUACCUAAACAAAUUCACAAAUUAACAUUCUAAUGAACUUUUCAAACAUUAAAUAAAUAAUCAAUUAAAACCAGCCCCAAAGAUUUCAUAUGAUUCAGCAGUAUAUCAGCAAAUUGGUUGUGUACAUUGUUACCCUAGCUUGUACUUAGAUAAUAUGAGCUAACAAGACAGUUAAUACACAAACACCUAAUGUUGCAAGACCAAAACUUUAUAUACUAGUAGGAACAUUGAUUAUGAUAUUAUUUUUUAAAUUUAUAUCCUUGCAAUGUAUCAAUGUAUGCAUUUAUAUUUUCUUGUGUAUACAAUCAUGUAUAGCAAAGAUACACAUGUAAAUUACACCAUUUUGGUUUUUACAAUACAUGUAUACAUGUACUAUAUUGUUACUGCUCUAGCGUCUUCCAUAGAACUGUUUGAACACUCUCACAGUUUUUGUUGUAUUCAUGCAUGCAUAUACACUUCCAAUCAGAAUUCAUUCAAUCCCACAUUGUUGUACAUGUACUACAAACCUCACAGCUUUUGUUGUAUUUAUACACUUCCAAUCAGAAUUCAUUCAAUCCCACAUUGUUGUUCUACAAACCUCGAUCACAGCUUUUGUUGUAUUUAUACACUUCCAAUCAGAAUUCAUUCAAUCCUACAUUGUUGUUCUACAAACAUUUUUGAAAGUAAAUUCUUUGGUGAUAUAGACCUAUCAUUUAAUUGAUUUUAGCUGUACAGCAAACAUUAGACUUUUUAAUAUUUUGAGUGAAAUGUAUCAUAAGUUUGGGUUGUCUCAUCAUUGGUAAGCCACUUGUGAUUAGCAUCGAUUUUGUGUACUCAAAAACCAUAUGUUGUGACAGUGGGAUUGUCUGAGAAUUUAUUAUACAAGUAUCACUUAAUUAAAUAAUUAUUUUGAGUUGGUAAUUUUUACUCAUCAUAGUAAAAACCUAUUUUGUGCUCUGCACAUCCAAUAAAUAAAUAUAUAAAUAUCAUCAAAUAACUGUACUUUCUCCAAUUAAAUUCAAACCCCUCAGUGAUACAUUGUGACUUCAGACUCCACUUCAGUUCCAUGUAUUCAGUUACAUUUAAUCAACCAAACACAGAGAAGGGUGCAUUUGAGCAAUAAAUAUUUGGUAAUGAAAAACAAAUUAUUUCUAAUUUCAAAUAAAUUAAUUCUCGAUCUCUCAAUUCUUCAUUUUCUUCAUAGUCUGAGUCAGAUAUAAUCUCCAAUGUAAUUUACUGAUUAAUUGUAAACAAAUCAGUUAUAGGGUUCUUUUAUCUUGUUACUUUGUCAAUGAUCAAUAUUGAAAUAUUUUUUUGGGGGGGUUUUGUAACAAAACAUAAAGAGUAAAAUACAUAUACUCAUAACUUUUGAAUUUAUUAACAGUGUAAUGGUACAAUACUGUAUUUUAUUCACAACAAAGUGUGGAGCUGGUAUCUUCUACGCAGAUUUAACAAUCUUGCCAUGAAUGUUGUGAUUUUAACAUGUAUAACUUUUGAUAUUACAGCAUUAUUUACUGUUUAUUUAUGUGCUUCAUGAUUUUUACAAGUAUAUUUAUUAAAAAUGAUUCCAACA